CAGCCGACAGCAACGCCACCUAGGAGGACGCGGUAGUAAUGUGCGGCUCUCGCGCCGGCGCCGUUGGCUUCCCCCACAAAAGGUUGAGGUUUUAUACUGCGUGUAGCGUUAUAGAGCUCUGGUCGACGAGAUACAGGACGCGCCUGGCUGCCAAGGUUUUUAGUCUUAAAGAGUAAAGGAAUCCAACUGUUUGAUUAAAUAUGGCUGAUGCUGCAUCACCUAAGAAACGCGGACGUCCUGCAAAGAAAGCUGCCGAUGGCGAACACAAAGAGAAAGAUGAGCCCAAGAAGGCUGAAAAGAGGGCGGCUGCCCCAGCACCAGCACCGUCAUCAGGAGCCGAAAGUGGGGAAUCUCAGGUGAAGCGAGGUCGAGGCCGUCCUAAAGGAUCUGGCAAGAAAGCCAGUGGAGCCGCAGGAGCGUCUGCUGCGAAGUCCAAGGUAAAGCCCCCUGCCGGAGGUCGUGGCCGUGGUCGUCCCAAGAAGAGCGAAGCCAGCAAAAAGGAAGAAUCAGCCGAAGAUGAAUCCGCCGGAGAUGAAGGAGAGUCGUCGUAAAACAAACGUGUUCAGAAACUACCCACAACUAAAUUGGGGAGCUUUUUUUUUUUUUAAUUUUCAUCGUUUUUUGAGUUCGACAAAGAACACGAUUCGACGAGAUUAUUAGAACACGCCUCUUAAAAAAAACAAAAUGCAGAAAACCAUGUCGCGUCAUCCUUUUUUAUUUUUAUUUUUUUCUUUUAACACAACUUAUCCACAUUUCAUUACACCCCACCAUCUUUUAAAUAGUGUCCACCCCUCUUGUAAACCCUUAACAGUAAAUCGCCAACAUCUGCUCCUGUUUUUUUUUUGUUUUAAAAUCCUCCAUCCUUUCUCACCGUCGUCUCGUGUGCGUUCGUCUCCCUUUUUACUCUUACUAUACCGUUUUCAUCCCAACCUGAUGGUGUGUAAGUGCAGUUCUUAGUCUCUCCUAUUUUUACUUGGAUGAAUUCUUGGAUGGAUGAUACCCUCCUCCGUUUCUCGCACCUGUAAAAUCCCCAUCUCGGCAAAGAAACACAACUCUGCCAUCCCAUCCGAUUCUGCACAUCAUACAUUGAAUUCAACAACUGAGCCACAAACAUAUUAUUAAACAACGUUUCACUCGUGACGCUAUCCUCAUUUUCCUGGCCAUCCAAUACAAGAUUUCGGUUGAUAAGAAAACCAAUUCAA